CAAUGAAUGACACAAGCUUCGAGGCUUGUCAGAGAAGACGGAGGAGCAAGGACCCCUGCAGUUCUUCGUAACCUUGGCCAGUCGGGAAAUGCCCACCCCAGCCACCGCUGUACAUCGAGGGAGGGAGAGACCAUGAGGGUGUUCGUAGCUGCCACUGCUCUGCCCUUCGUGGUCUUGGGGUUGGUUUCAUCUGCGUCAGGGCAAGCAGACGGCUGCGAGAGAGUGGUGGUCGAGGUAUCAACUCCGGAACAUGCCACUCACUCUGGGAGGUUCUACCAGGUCGGCACGUCGCUGGAGGGCACGCCGCUGCUCAAGACUGACGGCGGGCUUUGCCUUCAAUUCGUCGAAGGGGGCUCCGCUCGCGAGGAAGAGCAACCCCCCCUUUUGCUCCACGUCGGCGCGCACGCAGCCGCGGACGGCGAACCUCGCGACGAAAGCCUCGAUUUCGACAUGUCUGACGUGUCGGAGGAGGAAGAACCAGUUUUUCGCCGGUCUAUCGCGGCAACAUGCGGCCACUGGGUGAUUGGCAGGAUGGGCACCGCCGACGCUGCAUUGUACCCGAUGAUCAAGGUGUCCGACUGCGCCCGCCAUCCUGCCUUCAUCAACGAGGAUUCCGUGUGGUUCGGCCAGGAGUGCUUGGAUUGCGAGGAGAGAAGCACGAUUGGAAAGGUGACGGUCACCACCGAAAGGUGCCCCUGCAGCAACAAAACCUUCGAGCGCACCUCGCAGGCGCAAGCAAUGACAACCCACGUGGCCGCCGACCUGAACCUUCCGAGCGUCGCCCGCACCGAAAACAACCGCUCGCCAGCGCGAAACAACGAGGUGACGGUGCCUACUCCUGUCCCGACUUUAGCAGCACCGGUCAACGAAACCUCCUCGUCGCCGGGGGUGGUAAGCGGUGAUGAUGUCACCACGAGUGAUGCCAGCAGCGUGAUAGAAGGGGGUGACAUCGCCGUCGGCGUUUCCCUGGGGGUGGGCGCGGCAGUGCUACUCAUCGCCGGCAUGGUGGCCUUCCAGAUGAGGACGUUCCUUUGCGCCCGUGCUGGAUGAGCGGCGUUAUUAUGUCCUCAACGGAGAGGGCAUAGGCUCUUGGAAUCGCGAGUUUUUGAGUGCAGUCUCAGAGACCGUGCUAUCAUGUUUGAUCGGCGAAGGAUUUCGAUCGAUCAGGGAGAUUGACUCAAUGCCGGAUUUGUUUUGCAUAGAUCACUGGGUUGAUAGCGGUAACCCGAAGAGCUAGCAUCGUUGCUUGCUGGAUGUAGAUGGGAGGUGUUCGUAGGAGUUCAAGGUGUUUGAAGAUGGGUUGUUUUGGGGGGGAUAAGUCAAUGGCUAACGACACAUGAGCUGAUAUUGCUUCACUCUCCCCGUCAGUUAGAACACGGCUUAUUGAGAACAAAGUUCCUUUCGGGAGUAGAAUAGUGGCGGCAUGUUUGGCCAGCGAGGUUCAAAGCGUUGCACCAUGCUGGGUGAUUGAAGCAUCAUAUCGGUCAAAUCGUAUGGCCACCAUGUGCAGCUACCGACCCCAUGCCAUUAAAUCACCAGCAGAGUUGGCCCUAACCAGCUACUUGCCACACGAGAAGACUAUACUUGACGUUAUUGCUGUUGUUGUUGUUGUUGUUGUUGUUGUUGUUGUUGCCUUUGUUGCCGUCCGACGUCUGUUCGCAACGUCCUUGUUGCUACAGCUUAGGAUAAGGCCACACAUUGUACAGCUGCAUUUCCAGUUGGUAUUCUCUGACAUGGCGGGGCCUUCUCUGCGUCUUGUGAGCCGCUAGUUGUGUGAGCCGCUAGUUGCGCGUCUGUCUAAGAACGUGCAGAAACGUUUUUUUCGCCCGCAGCUCGUUUCUUUUUCCUCUGUGCGGUGGCCAUUGACGUUUCAUGAUUUAUUGAGGGGUUCUUAGUUGAAGACCUAUUAUUUUGAUCAGCCUCU